GGUGGAGGAACACCAGAGAGUACAACAUUUUUAAAAGAAAAUUUAGCUUUCUGCUGAAAGAAUUGCACUGAAUUUUCUUACAUGUAUAAAUGUACUGGACAAGGGGAAAUUGUAAUUUAACAAUGACACAAUGAACCCUGAAGUAACCUUUAAACCACUGUCCGGGAUAUAUUGAUACCAACUUUGGUUUCGUUUUAAACCAGAGACAGUUUUCACUCUAAGAGGCACAGGUGAACAAGUCUUCAGAUUCCCACUGUGAGUUACCUGCCAGCACUGCAGCCAUGGGUGAAUGGGACGCCUUCGGUAAGCUCUUUGAGGUCCUCCAGAACGAGUCUCCAAUGUUUGGACGGUUCUGGCUCUUCCUGAUGCUUGUGUUUCGGAUAGUGAUUCUUGGAACAGUGGCCACCGACAUGUUUGAGGAUGAACAGGCGGAGUUUACCUGUAACACCGGACAGCCAGGCUGCAAGCAGGUCUGCUAUGAUGAUGCUUUCCCUAUCUCCCAGUACAGAUUCUGGGUGUUUCACAUAGUUCUGAUUGCUACCCCGUCCCUGCUUUUCCUCCUGUAUGCUUCACAUUAUCAUACCAAAGCUUCAAAGCUAAAUUUGGCCCAAAGUAGCAUUCAUAGAUACAGAGAAGAUCCCCACAUCAGGAGGCUUUACAUUGUAAAUGUAAUUUUUCGGAUCUUGGCGGAGGUGGGCUUCCUGGUGGUCCAGUGGAAGUUGUACGGCUUCAAGGUGAAAGCGCAGUUCCCCUGCAGCCGCUUUCCUUGCCCCUACACAGUCGACUGCUUCACCUCCCGUCCUGCAGAGAAAACAAUCUUCCUCUACUUCUACUUUGCUGUGGGUGCCGUAUCAGCAUUUGCCAGCUUUGCAGAGCUUUUCUACGUCGUCACAAAAUGGUUUUGCUGCAGCUACCAUCAGCCCUUUGAUCUGGAAGAUCGUCAGAAUCUACAGAACUUAAGUCAAGAUGAUUUCAAUGAGAAGCCAAAGGCAAAGACGAUGUCAGACAGCAGCGUCAGGCUAAAGGGAGGAUCAGUGAAAAGCAGCAAGAAGGUCUCCAGCAUCAAGAGCAAAAGAGGCAAAUAUGAGAACCCCAGGAAACUCAUGGUGUGAGAGCCCCCCACCAUUUCCUGCUGAAAACUAUUUUUCUAAUGCUUUAUAUGAUUUAAUUUUAAAAUUCUGCCUGUGUGACAGAAUUUCACUGAUGGGAGACAUAAUAAUUCUACAAUAAUGCUGCUAAAUGUUGGAGUAGCUGUGUUAACUCCCAUGAGUUACACCAGCCUUUAAUUUCCCUUUGGGAUCAAUACAGUAUUGUUGAAAUGAACUGAAUUUGAAGAAGGUAACACAUGGAGUGAGAUCAGGACAUGAGUUACAGGCAAGACUGACAGUUUUGACCUGCUGGGCUCAUGAAUCACUGCAGCGUUUAAGCCUUAACAAGCGGGGAAAUUUGACAGAAAUAAACUUGAUAGACCUGUUUAACUUCAUUGGCUGCCAGAGAGCCAACACUGCCACUCCUGUUUCUAAUGGGAAAUCCACCCUUAAAUGUGCUUUUAAAAAGCUUUCCUGUCUGUCACUGAGAAUGUCUGUAAACCUUUGUGAAUAUACAGGAAAAUGCUGCUAUUUGAAGAAAUGUACUUUUUUUGUUAUAGAAAGUUAGCUUGUCAGUUCAGAUUUUGCUAAGUUUGAGCUAACUAAAUAGCAAAGUGGCUACGUCUGAAACUUUGUGAAAGCUUCCGUGCUUACUGACAAGAUUUUAUUUUUUACUUUUAAUUUUUUUUUACAUGUAUCAGAUAGUUCCUUUUGAAAUAUCACUUUACAGUUGGCUAUAUAGAGCUGAAAAUGUGCAAUUAAGUUGUGUGGUCUUUGAU